AUGAGCGGGCUAAAGUGUGAUGUUGCUGGAUAUGCUCCGUCCAAGAUCCUCAGUAGCUUAUUCUUUGCUGUUGCCACCUUGUUCCUUUUCUCAGAAUCUGUGUCUCUGAAAGGGAAGCAGCUGGUUUUACUGGGACAGACAAACAAAUAUGUUUCCUUGGCCAAUAAGCAUGUCCCUGAACUUUGUGCAUUUACUGUGUGCAUUGAUCUCAACAAGACUGAAGACAGUGUGGAGAAUGGGACAGCCUUUUCCUAUGAUAUCAGCAGCCCCUCCACUGUCUACGAGGUGGAGUUGGCUCUGUUUGCCCGUAAUUCCCGCCUGCAAAUGUUCCUUCUGGGCAGGCACAUCGACCUGAGAGAGCAUAUUACGGCAUAUAAGAUGCACCAGAUCUGCUGUGUCUGGGACGGUCGGAAGCGUCUCCUGGAGCUCUUCUGGGAUGGAAGGAAGCUGGUGAACAAAACCCUUUCAGAUAUCCCUCACAGCUGUCUACGGCCAAAUGGGAUGUUGGUGAUGGGGCAUUUGCACAAGAACUACGAUGGAAAACCAAUCCUAGAGUCAUCCUUCGUUGGCAUCUUGCACUACUUCCAGAUGUGGAAUUAUGUGAGAGGGGAGCAAGAGAUCAAGCGUUGUGAUGAUGGGAAUGAAGUAAGCUGGCGGGGCAAUUAUUGGUCUCUGAAUGGUGUAAGAAUAGAGGAUGCCCAUCACCAACGUUGUGGCACAGAAGAGUCUACAUCUGUCUUUCCACCAAUCACCCCCCCUGAUCCAACUGCUACAGUUUUCUCAGUCACCUUCUACAGCUUCCAAAUGAACUUUUCCAUGGCUUGUGAGCCCCCAAGGACGUGCGAUCGCUACGAUGCCAAAAAGCUGGCGACAAACUGGUUCAAGAAGCAAUUAGACAAUUCAGAAUUUGUGGUGACCAACCAUUACAUCAAGGCAACUCGAUAUUCCUCAAAGGCCAUCGUCAAGGCCACGUCCGAUCAAGGCACGCUGGAGAUCAUGCUGAAGCUACAAAACACCCUGUGUGGUGAUUACACUGAAGAUCAAUUGUCUAUGAGUGUGAAGCAAAAAGAUACAAAUGUCAAUUCCUUUGAUCCAGAGUCAUGUCCCAAACAGACCGUCCAGUCCAACUACAAAGGGAUCUACACGUGGCCAAAGACGGUUCCCCCCGAUGUGAUGACCUUGCCCUGUGAGACCAACCAAGAGUUGAGAGCUACCCGGGCAUGCUUGAUUAGCAUUAAGACUGAAAAAGCCUACUGGAGGAGGCAGAAUGUGACUGCGUGCCCUCUGUUGCAAGGGCUGCCAAAUAAUAUAAUGGAUCUUAAAAAUGUCACCAUCACAGAGGAAAAUGCUGAAGAAGUGGCAGAUCACAUUUUAUCUCUCUUAAGUGUUUCCGAUCCGAGUAAAGACGAAAUCGAGGUCCUGAUGAGCAAGCUCACGGAUAUCGCCAACUGUGAAGAAAUCAGCCUGACCCUUGCUAGGAAGGUGCUGCAAAUUAUAAAUAUCUUUAUGGAAGAUAAAAUCAAGCUGCAGGACGUGCAAGUGGUGCUCAACAAAAUCUUAAGGCUCACGGAACAAAUUGGUUUCAAGAUGGACUUCAGUGGGAGAAACGAAUCCAUUGUCUUACCCAGGCUGGCUUUGGCUGUACUACGCCCAGAUCCCAUGAACUUCCAAGGAGUUGCUUUUGGGAUUGUAUCCUACACCCUGGAGACAAACCCACAGCUCAGUAUCCAUGCAACACCUUUCACAGAUGUCCAGGCCUCGAUAUAUUUGCCAAGAAUAUUGAAAAACUACUUAGGGCCCCAAUCUUUUGAGGGAGAAGUUUUCAUGGGGAUUCAAUUUACCUUCUUUGGUGCACCGUCAUUGUUUGAGGACAACAGUUUGAAGAACAAACUUCUGAACACCUAUGUUGUGGGUGCCAGCAUUGAAAACAAGUCCGUUCAAGGCCUCAAGGAACCACUCAGCAUAGUUCUGCACCACAGAAGCCCGCAUGUGGACAAUGCUACUGUGCACUGUGUGUUUUGGGACUUCAGUAGGAAUGAUGGCCUGGGUGGCUGGAAUACCUCAGGGUGUGAAAUAAAACAUACAGAUAGGAUUUACACGAUCUGCAGCUGUAAUCAUCUGACCCAUUUUGGAGUUUUGCUGGACUUAUCUCGAACACCACUCAGUGAUGCUGAUGAGUGGGUUUUAACAUUGGUGACUUAUGUGGGAUGUGGCAUCUCCUCUAUUUUCCUGGGCUUGGCACUGUUGGUGUAUCUCUCCAUUGACAAAGUUCGCGAGGAUCACCCUUCCAAAAUCCUCAUCAACGUUUCUUUUGCUUUGCUUGUGCUCAACCUUGUGUUCUUGCUGAACUCCUGGCUAGCCGCGUUUCAGAAGCACGGCCUGUGCAUCACAGCUGCUGCGGCCUUGCAUUACUUCUUGCUGUCUGCCUUCACCUGGAUGGGUCUGGAGGCCAUCAACAUGUAUUAUGCCCUUGUAAGAGUGCUCAACACCUACAUUCCACAUUACAUGCUCAGGUUUGCCAUCGCUGGCUGGGGAAUUCCAGCAGUUAUUGUUAUUGUUGUCCUCACUAUCAACAAAGAUUUCUAUGGGACUGAAUUUGCUUUGAGAAGUGUUGAUGGCCCAUCAAUGCUGUUUUGCUGGAUUCAGGACAACUGGGUAUUUUACAUCUCUGUGGUUGGCUAUUUCAUCCUGGUGUUCCUGAUCAACGUCAGCAUGUUUGUUACUGUCCUUUGGCAAAUCCGUGUUAUGAAAGCCAACAGCCCCAGGCCAGGGAAGAACUGGAGCCAAGAGUUCCUCCUUGACUUGAAGAGGGUGACCAGCUUGACAUUCUUGCUGGGCUUGACGUGGGGUUUUGCUUUCUUUGCAUGGGGCCCCAUGAAGACUGUUUGCAUGUACAUCUUUGCCAUCUGCAACUCCUUGCAAGGGUUCUUCAUCUUCGUUUUCUACUGCCUCAUGAAGGAAAAUGUGAGGAAGCAAUGCCAAGUUCACUUCUGUUGUGGGAAGUUUCGGCUCAGCAAUUUUUACUGGACCAGCUCAACCACAAUGCUGGGCUGUCACCCUCAAACCUUUGAGCGGGAACAGUCAUGUCAUUCUUUGAAAUCAUUCAAGUCAUGCACAACGGGCUCUACGUCCAACGGCUCUGAAAGCUUACCAGAAGCAAGUCCAGAUGUUGGGGUUGAAACUGAAUGA